CUCCCGACAAGUCUAACGCAGCUUCCAGAAGCAACACGACGGAAUAGCUGCCAACAGAAUGAACAGUGCGAUAGUACUUGCCUGCGUCGCCAUUUUGGUGGCGAGCACCAGUGCGGCCAGUCUGCAGCCCACUGUGAAGACAAUCGACAAUCAGCUCUACAGGCGUUAUGUGUGCGCUAACAAGCCUGAUGGAUUCCGAGCCCUCGUUCCGGGAAGUUGCUCCCAGUACUACGAGUGCCAGUCCGCAGUGGCCCUUGUGAACACUUGCUCCCGCUUCUUCGAUGCCAAGGUCCAAGGAUGUGUCAAUUAUAACACAGGCUGCAUUGAGGUUCAGUCUGCAUCCUCGAUGGCAGUUGCUGGAGAUUCUGCAUCGCCCUGUGCCGAGGCAACGACUACUACUUGUGCUCCCGUUGUAGAGACGACGACCACUUGUACUCCAACACCAGCUGAGACUACUACCACUUGUACUCCAACACCAGCUGAGACUACAACCACUUGUACUCCAACACCAGCCGAGACUACUACCACUUGUACUCCAACACCAGCCGAGACUACUACCACUUGUACUCCAACACCAGCCGAGACUACUACCACUUGUACAACAACAACUGCUACAACAACAACGUGUACUACCACGACCGCUACAACAACAACGUGCACUACCACGACUGCUACAACAACAACGUGCACUACCACGACCGCUACAACAACAACGUGCACUACCACGACCGCUACAACAACAACGUGCACUACCACGACCGCUAAAACAACAACGUGCACUACCACGACCGCUACAACAACAACGUGCACUACCACGACCGCUACAACAACAACGUGCACUACCACGACUGCUACAACGACAACGUGCACUACCACGACCGCUACAACAACAACGUGCACUACCACGACCGCUACAACAACAACGUGCACUACCACGACCGCUACAACAACAACGUGCACUACCACGACCGCUACAACAACAACGUGCACUACCACGACCGCUACAACAACAACGUGCACUACCACGACCGCUACAACAACAACGUGCACUACCACGACCGCUACAACAACAACGUGCACUACCACGACCGCUACAACAACAACGUGCACUACCACGACCGCUACAACAACAACGUGCACUACCACGACCGCUACAACAACAACGUGCACUACCACGACCACUACGACCACCUGUGCUCAAUCUCCGGAGACUACGACAACCUGUGCUCUAUCUCCGGAGACUACGACCACCUGUGCCCAAACUCCAGAAACUACGACCACUUGUGUGGAAGUAACCACUGCCUGCAGCGGAAGCUCUGCCGCUAAGGCUCAAGCCUCCUCCAUGAAGGUGCGCCCUGCUAGACCUAUCCGACCUGCCAAAUUAACUGUGUUCGAGGCCGGACAGGUGGCUGUCCAGCAGCCUCAGGAGCUGAGCAUCGCCACCUACACUAAGUAUGUGUGCCGCAAUAAGCCCGACGGCUUCAUGUUGGCUUCGCUGAAGAGCUGCUCCGACUACUACGUCUGCCGCUACGGAAAACCCCUGCAGGUGAGCUGCGGCGACAAGUACUUCAACGCGCUCAAGGGAAUCUGCGAUCUGCCCGAGAACACCCGAUGCGUGCAGCCCCAGGCCUAAGGAAAGAAAAGAUUCUAACUCUGAUCGAUUUCCCUGAUAAAAACAC